AUGCCCGAUCUAUCUGCCGCAAGCCCUGCCCCGUCCGAGUCGCAGGAAAAGAAGCCACUGAAGCCCUGCUGCGCCUGCCCAGAGACCAAGAAGGCGCGCGAUGCAUGCAUCAUCGAGAAAGGAGAAGAGCAUUGUGGGCACCUGAUUGAGGCCCAUAAGGAGUGUAUGAGAGCCCUGGGAUUUAAGAUAUGA